UGACAAGAAAGGAAAAUGCAGUUUUAUAAGGAGAGGAUUCUCAACGCUGCACAGUUAAAAAGACUUAGUGAACAUAAAUAUUCUUGUACAAGUGCCAGUAUAUUGGACGCAUGCCUCCAGCCUUGGUGGUGCUGGCUGGUGUCGAAGACGCCGCUGUGGCUCGCGCCGAAUCUCAUUACUAUCCUAGGUCUAAUAGUGAACAUUGUCACCACAUUAAUUUUAGUAUGGUACAGUCCAGACGCGCGGCAAGACCCGCCGCGGUGGACAUGCGCUUUAUGUGCGCUUGGAGUCUUCAUCUAUCAAAGCCUGGACGCCAUCGACGGCAAGCAGGCGCGGCGGACGGGCAGCCAGUCGCCGCUCGGUGAGCUCUUCGACCACGGCUGCGACAGCAUAUCCACAGUCUUCAUUGCACUUGGCGCCUGUAUAGCUGUCAAACUAGGAGAGUAUCCCACGUGGAUGUUCUUUCAGUGUUUCUGCGCAAUGACGUUGUUUUACUGCGCGCACUGGCAGGCCUACGUUACGGGCACGCUCAAGCUGGGCCGCAUCGACGUGACGGAAGCGCAGUACUCCAUCAUCGCCAUCCAGUUGCUCUCUGCCACGCUCGGCCCUAGCUUCUGGGCCUCGCAGGUGGGCGGCGGCUUGGAGGUGCGGUACUCGCUGGCGCUGGCGGCGCUGGCCGCGACGGCGCUCACGACGGGCGCGCUCGCCGCCGCCAUUGUGCGCGGCGGCGUCGGCAAGAACGGCUCCACUGUCGCUCUGCCGACGGUCCGCCUGAGCAUCAACCUCGCGGCCAAUUACAUAGUGGUGGCACUAACGUUGUACCUAAUCGCUGGUUACAUAAGUGUCAUUAUGAAAGGCGGUGUCGGCAAGAACGGCUCCACUGUCGCAGGCACGAGCAUCUUGUCGCCCGUGAUCCCGUUCUCGCUUGUGGUAGUGCCGGCCUUCAUCAUCUUCCAGAAGAGUGAAUCGCACGUGUACGAGAACCACCCCGCGUUGUACAUCAUCGCGUUUGGAAUGGUCGCUGCUAAAGUCACUAAUCGACUUGUGGUGGCGCACAUGACGAAAAGCGAGAUGGACUACUACGACUGGUCUCUGCUGGGGCCGGCCAUGCUCUUCCUCAACCAGUACUUCAACAACGCGCUCCCCGAGUAUUACGUGCUCUGGCUCUGUACGCUAUGGGUGUGCGUCGACCUAGUCCGGUACUGCGGGCAGAUCUGCCUGGAGAUCUGCGAGCACUUGAAGAUCAGGCUGUUCAAGAUCCCGUACCCGCCGGUGGCGGCCGGCGCCAAGACGCCCACGCACGCGCACGCCGCGGCGCAUGCGCAGGACCGAAACGAUGUGCGCGGGCGCAACAUAGAGGAAUGUUACGUUCUCGUGGGGGGAUCAGUAUCGGACCAUGACGAGUGACAGUGAGAAGUCGGAGGGCGAGGACGACGUGCCCUUUCUCAACAACAACAGUAUUCAUUAAUCUAUAACAUCACAAAAGACAUUUAUGCCACAUAAAAACUCCCGUGUCGUGUACACAUACGCAUGAGGGUAGGUAAUUUUGCCACAAGUAUUUGACAUAGUCACAAUCUAGUACGUCAAAAACUCUGGAACAAUCUUCACGUGGCAUAGGUGCGAAUUCAUAAAUGCCUCGCUAGAGUAUAAGAAAACAUGGUUUCCCGAAUCGUGCUGGAGCGCAGCAUAGUGAACUUAAACAUUUUUUCAUUACAAAAUAAUUAAACAAGUAAUUUUUCACAUUAUGUUCUGACACAAAUAGCGAUGUGAAAGUACCAAAGAUAUUAUGAUACAGUAAUAAAACACCAUAUAUGUAACAUAUUUUUUUUUUAUUAAUGGAUAAAAAUGUUAUUGACAAUUUGUAUGAUCUAGUAUUCUUUAUGAUAACCUAUUUAGUAAUUAUGUAACUUAUUUAUUACUAAGUAAAUAUUAUUAGAUUUUAAAGUCGAGAUUUAAUCGUGUAUAAAAACAUAUUUUGUUUACCUCAACGUUUUGGACAUGUUGCAACCUCCAUGGUCUCGAAGGAACUGAAGAAGCGGACCAAGGAUGACAUUUUAUACACGAUUAAGCCCCGAUUUUAAAAUCAAAUAAUAUGUGAAAAUCGUGAAAAAUUUGAAUCAAUGUACAAGUAAAUAUUGUUACAUGUAUCUCCUAUUCCAGAAGUGUGUUAAUAUUACAUACAUCAUCAUUUAUACCCAUUUAUACGUCCCACUGCUGGGCACGGAUCUCCUCUCCAGUUGAGGGUUUAGGCCAUAGUCACCCUACUAAAUAAAAUUUUCGCUGACAAACUGGAGUUGGCAGUGAUGAUGAACCACAACCCGCUUAGCUAUGUCAGUAGACAUACCUCUUUCACUUCCUCUACUGGCAUCAGUGUUUUAAUAAACGCUGGUUUAUUGUGGGUUCUUUUCACCUGACCUUUUUUCAAUGACAUAAUAUAAUAUAAUGAAAAAAGUGACUACCAAAUAUAGUCAUUUGUUGUUAUGUAAAACGAUAAUAAAAAAAAACUAAUGAUAAUUGAAAUUAAUAGAUAAGCCAUU